UUAUGUUAGUGUUAUGUGUUACUAUGUUGAUUUUGAAUAGGAUUUUUUUAUUGUUGUCUCAAGUUUGUUCUUUUCUGCCUUUACUCGUCGUUUCUCCCUUUAUUUCAUAAUACUUUUCAAUUUGUGUUAGUCAGAUAUGCCUUUAAUAUUGUUAGGUAUGAAAUAUUUUAUUGUAUGGUCCAUUUUUUUAGAUUUUAGGUAUUAUAUUAUAUAUUUUUGCGUAUGUAAAGUUUUACUUUGAAGCAUGUGGUCCCUAUUCCUUUACUCUUGGUAGAUUCCUCUGUUUUUUUAAAAUGUUUUGUUGUUGUCUAAUAUGGUCCUGUUCUUUUUUUUUUGUCUAUAAUGUCCUUUUGUUGAAGAAUGGUUGACAAGGUGGACCUAUUAUUCUAUUAUGGGGGCAAGUGGGUACUGACACCUAAUGUUAUUUACAUUAAAAAAUUCACUCAUGUUUGGAAGGAGUAUGAUCCAGAUUUAUUGUCAUAUAUAGACAUAUGUGAAGAGUUCCAUGAAAAGUUAGGAUUUAGUAAGGUCCAACAACUUCUACUCAAAGGACCUUCUCGGAGGUAUUAUUUGAUUGAGGGGGAUUCUGGCAUAAGAACAAUACAGACAACAAUGUAUAUUAAGUCUGGUGUACUUGAAUUGUUUGCUGUAGAUGAGGGGGAUGAUGUUCUUCCAGCUAUUGACAUCAGCCACAAUGAUGAACCAUACGUAGUCACAGUAGAUGUUGCUACUGAAGGUUAAUCAAGUGAGGAAGAAGAUGAUGAAAAUGAACCUAAUCUAGUCACAGUGAAUGAACCUAAUCUAGUCACAGUGAAUGCUGGAAUAGAUGUUGCAACUGAAGGUGAAUCAAGUGAGGAAGAAAAUGAUGAAAAUGAGCCUUAUCCAAGUGACUACAAUAGUGAAGAAUUGGAAUCUUUUAGUUUGGAAAAGAAAAGAGAAAUCAAUGAUCAACUUGAAAACUUUAAAUAGUUGGAAAAAGGUAUGAGUUUUAAGAACCUUGAUGAAGCUAAAAGGGUUGUAAGUUACUACUCAAUUGCUAGGAAGGUUGCCCUUAGAGUUGAUAAGAGUGACUCUGUUAGAGUUAGAUAUAAAUGUAUUGUUGGUUGUCCUUUUGUGUGUCUUAUUUCUGAAGUUAAGAAAGGGAAAGGAUUUGAAAUUAAGACUUUGCAAACAAAACAUACAUGUCCAGAAGCAUUCAAGAAUAGAAGAGCUACUCAACAAGCUCUAGCACACUACUUUAAGAAUAGGGUCCAAAAUGAUCCUAACUGCAAAGUGACUGAAAUGAGAAAGAUUGUAGAUGAUAACUUAAGCUUAAUAUUAGUUAUUCAAAAAUGAAGAUGGUUAAAAGACUUGUACUGGAAAAACUAGUUGGUAGCUAUGUUGAUGAUUUCAAUAAAUUAGAGGGUUAUGCUCAAGAGUUAAGGGACAAUAAUCUUGGUACUGAUGUAAUUAUAAACAUAUCCAAAGAGGCUUUGUUGGAACAUGGACAAAGAAAAUUUUUGAGAAUGUAUAUUGGUAUUCAGGCUUUGAAAAGUGGUUGGAGAGCUGGUUUGAGACCAUUUAUAGGGUUAGAUGACACCUUUUUAAGAGGCAAGUUCAAGGGAAUUUUAUUGGUCACAUUUGGUCAAGAUUCAAUUAAGCAUUUCUAUCCACUUGCUUGGGCAGUAGUGGAUAGAGAAACUAUUAGAACAUGGAAAUGGUUCAUUGAGUUGCUGAGGAACUCAUUGGGGUUGGCAGAUGAAGGAUUGACAUUAAUGUCUGAUAUGCAAAAGGGCUUGAUUGGUGCUGUUAGUGCUUUGCUUCCAAAAGCACAACAUAGAUGGUGUGCAAAACACAUAGAAGCCAAUUGGUCUAAGUCUUGGAGUGGUGUACAGAUGAAGAAGAUGUUUUGGUGGUCUGCUUGGAGUACAUAUGGAGAGAAAUUUGAAGACCAAUUAAAGUCCAUGGGUUCUGUGUCUAAAAAAGCAAUCGAAGGUCUUCUAUGGUAUCCACCACAACAUUGGUGCAGGCCUUUUUUUGACACUGUCUGCAAAAACUACUCCUGUGAUAAUAAUUUUACUGAGUCUUUCAACAAAUGGAUUUUGGAAGCAAGGGCAAAACCAAUAAUCAAGAUGCUGGAAGACAUUAGAAUUAAGGUAUUGCCGCUAUUUUAUAUAACUAUAUGAUAACAUCUAUUAAUGUUUAAUAUGAUAGUAAUAUGUAGGUGUACAUGUAUAUAUUAUAUAUGUCAUGUACAUGUUAUAUAUUUCAUUGUUAUCGAUAGGUUAUGAAAAUGUUGAAAAAACUUGAAGAAGAGGGUAAGAAGUGGACAGAAGAGUAUAGUCCAUAUUCUAUGGAUUUGUAUCAUGAUUUCAGAAUGAUUGCUCAAGGUUGUCAAGUUGUUACUAAUGGAGACUUAGGAUAUGAGGUGGUUGAGGGUAUAGAUAGACAUGUUGUGAAUCUUGCUAGAAAGAAGUGUACUUGUAGGACAUGGGAUUUGACAGGAAUACGAUGUCCUCAUGCUAUUAAAGCAUUAGAACAUGAUAAAAUAGAGCCACUGAAUGAGAUGCAUUGGUGGUAUUCUAAAGAAGCUUACUUGCUUGUAUACCAACCUAAAAUUCAACCUGUUAGAGGUGAGAAAUUCUGGAAGAUUGAUCUUUCUCAAGCUAUGCAACCACCACAAAUUCAUUAAUUGGUUGGUAGACAAAAAUUAAAGAGAGUAAGGGAAAAAGAUGAGGCAAGAAAAAGGGAAGGAUUAUGGUCGAAAAGUAGAAAAUGAUUGCAAAUAACAUGUGGAAAUUGCAGUGCUGUAGGUCAUAAUCGAAGAAGAUGUCCCCUACUUCAAGAAGGAAGACAAGUUCUCCCAGAUGAACCAAUCUUGAUGCCAACUCUUGAAUUUGUUGCAUCUUCUAGUUGACAAACUAGCCAUCAAUCAAGUGAAGAAUUCAAUGAAGCUGCUGGUCCUUCAAAAUCAAAGAGAAAAAAUGUUUCAAAGGACAAAGUUGAUGCACUACCAAAGAGGUCUAAAAACGAUGGAAAAGAAAAAGUUGUUGCACCAUUGAUUGCAAUUGUUGAUCAGGAUGAAGUUGAAGACGGUAUUGAAUCUGAGGAUGAGGAUACAGUCCUUGCACCUAGAGUGAUAUCUUAAGAAAAAACUAGACUUCAAAUGAAGAAGAUGCUACAACAACCAAUUUGUUCAAGAAUGAUUAGUUUUAAGGGUGAUGAAAAUGAUGUUGUUGUCCCUACUAAUUUACCAUACUCACCAAAAAAGCUAACUUGGAAAGGCAAAGCAUGUGUUACCUCAAGUCAGUUGAAAAAAGAUGAGGAAAAAAAGAUUGGCAAGCUUAAGACAAAGAGGGGCAAGCAUUAGAAAGUAGUUGCUUAUUAUUGAUUUAAAGUUUUUGUUUAGUAUGUAAUGGCACAAUGGAACUUCUUAAACUGCUAUUUUUGGAGGGGCAAGCAUUACAAAUUAGAUUGAUAAUGUUUUGUGGGC